AUGCUCGGCUCUAAUUUCAUCUCGUCACUGCUAGCUGUAGCAGCUCUUUCGAUACCCUAUGUCCACGCGUCCUCGCCUGAUCUUGUCAUCCCGCUUCUUGGUUCGAAUCCUUGUACUUGGGGGCCAUCGUUCUGGUGUGCAAGCGAAGAGAACAUGAAGAGAUGUGGCGUGACGCAGGAGGAGUGUGAGAAGUAUGCCAAUGAUAUUUUGUAG